AUGCCAAACCCCGGUAAACUCAUCCCCAAUUACGUGGCGGCCUCGGUGGCCCUGUCCUUUGCAGGCAUCCUCAACGGCUUAGAUACGGGGGCUAUUGGUGCCAUUGUACACAUGGACCAAUUCACAGGCACAUUCGGACAACUCUCGCCAUCAACUGUUGGAUGGACGGUAUCCAUUGUCAUGCUUACGGGAAUUGUCCCUGCGCUGCUUGGUGGUCAAAUCGCCGAUCGUAAAGGACGACUCUACGUUGUCUUUCCUGGUGCCGUGCUCUUUGCGCUUGGAGCCAUCCUGCAGAUGAGUGCAUUCAGCCUGGGCCAGUUCAUCACUGGAAGAGCCAUUGCUGGUGCCGGUCAGGGCGCAUUCUACUCCAACAUUUCUGUCUACAUCACCGAGAUUGCACCGCAGCGGUCUCGUGGCCGUCUUGCCUCGCUGCCGCAGUUCAUGGCUGCCCUCGGCGUGUGUCUCGGCUACUUUGGCUGCUUUUGCACAGCAUCCGUGGAAUCUAGUAUGGCCUGGCGUCUUCCGUAUAUUUUGCAGAUUUGUGUUGCUCUUAUGCUAGCACUUGUCUGCCGCUCGCUGCCCGAGUCUCCUCGAUGGCUCGUUCUUCACGGACGCGGCGAAGAAGCCGUACAAGCAGUUCGCUUGCUCAAUUUCAACAUGGACGAAGCGACUCGCGAUUUCUUGACGCCACAGCCACAAGAAAACCUUUCUAGCUGGCAGUCAUUCCGCACCUUGUUCAGACGGGCGUAUCUGCCGCGAACACUGCUGUCUCUGUUUAUCCUGUCCAUGGCCCAGUUGUCCGGCAUCGAUGCCAUCAACUACUACGCCCCAACUCUUUUCGUUCAGACGGGAAUUGCCACCACCAAAACAGCCAUCAUUGCUGCCGGCGUCGCCGCUGUUGCCAUGUUCAUCGCCUCCAUUCCCGGCUUCGUCUGCAUCGACAAAUGGGGCAGACGAACAUGUACACUGGUAGGAGGAUCUAUUCUGUGCGGCAUCAUGCUGCUCAUUGGCUCGCUCUACGCUGCCGGUGCCGUACGUGAGACGGGUGCCGCGCGCUGGGUGGUGGUUGUGUCAGUCUUCCUCUUCGGCAUCGUCUUCUGCGCCACCUGGGGAAUUGUCUCGAAGAUCUACGCGAGCGAGAUUCAGCCCUCGCACACCAGAGCCGCCGGCAACUCGGUCGGCAUGGCAUUCAGUUUUUUUACCAACUGGUUUGUCUCAUUCAUCACACCCAUUCUGCUGAGCUCGUCAGCCUACAACGCCUAUUUCUUCUUUGGUGCGCUCAACCUCUUUGGCGUGGCUAUCUUUGCGCUCUACAUGCCCGAGACACGAGGCCGCUCGCUUGAACAGAUCCAGAGCGAUUUUGCCAGUCCCAACUUGAGCGCCUUGAGAAAUUUGUUUGGUCGGCGUGUAGCUAGAUUUGCUUCUGCUAGUCCGCAAGAUGGUCGCUCCUCUGCUUCAUCUAUGGAACUGACGGAUCGGGAGCCUGCUGCCGCUGCUGCAACACCGGCAUCGCACUCUUCCACGAUCCAACUCACAUCGUCGGCGGUUCGAGGAGCAAGUCUCAGCCUUGCUUAA